AUGAACCGCAAACAGCGCCGCGCAAAGGACUCAACCUCGACCAACCACAUCAACACGGCGGACGACAUCCCUCUCGCGCCACCACCCAAGAAGACGAAAGCCCAGACCCGAGAUCCAAAGACAAGGACAUUACUCGAAAUUGCGGCCGAGCGACAAGCCGAACUGCUCGGUGGCUCAAAGUCUGGACUUCACGCUGCCCCGAUCGACGCCAACGCCCUCAACCCAGAGAAUAUCGUCCAAGUGAAGAUUGGUCCGGAUGGAUCGAUCGUCCCGGAUCUGAGCGCAACGUCGCCUUUGGGAGUAUCAGCCUCUGCGGCCGCGUCAGACACACCCUGGCUAGACACCAUCCUGCUAGCCUCGUCGCUCUCGGCCGUCCACUUUACCCUCUCCGUACUAGCCAUGCACCAAUACGCCGAAGAAUUGCGGUUCCCGCCUUUGGUGUUGCAGACGCUGGGCAUCGCCUGCCCAACGCUGACGGUGCUGAUCGCGCUGUUCCACGGCAAUUUACUCCCUUCGUCGCUUGCGAGGCUGUCGUCCCCAGCGGCCAAGGGGUGGGUCGUUGCGGCGAGAUCGCUCGUCUAUCUCGUCGUGGCGAAUGUGGCGGGGUGUUAUUUGAUCUGGUUGACGAAUGACAAGGGAUACUAUGCUGUUAUGAAGAACGCGCCGAGCGUGGGCACGAUCUGGGUGUGGGCUGUGUUGGAGAUGGGGUUGGUGGGCGCGUUGGCCGGGGUGUUGGGGCCGGGGUUGUAUGCUUGGUGGUUUGGGUAUGGGAUUAUGUGA